AUGAGUAAAGAUAAUACGCCGGAAGAAGCUGACCAAAACUGCGACAUCUUUGAAGAAGAGAGCACACAAAAAAUUAACCAGACAAAAAUCAGCUUUUCCUUGACAAAGUCACCGGAGGUUGUGAAGCUGGAUGAUAAUGCAAAUGCCACUCCGGUACCUCAGAAGGUCGCAAAACAAGAAGAAAAUGCGCCUUUAGUUAAUGAAUCGAAUGAAAAUACCUUAGUUGAGGCCAAUAUAAAUACCACUGAGACUGGUGAAAAUAAAAAGAAACGAAAAAGGAGCCGAUGGGAUCAAGCUGGCUCGACAGCUAAGGAAGCUCCGGGAUCAGUUAAUAAUGUUGACACAGAUUUGACAAGCAGUUCAAAUGCCAUAGUAUCGACUUCUCCCCAACAAAUAUACACCUCUUCAGAUGAACGACAGUUCUCGAAAUAUUCAGAUACGUACAAACCCGGAAUGGUGCGUGUGGGUUCCAAGUGGGUUUAUCCAGAGGACGAGAUCACAGAAGGUGGCACAUGGGAGCAUAAAAAGCGAGCCGAAGAGAUGAAGAAGACAGCCGAACAGGCUGCUUUACUGACUGCGCAAGCCGAGGCAAAACGUGCCCAUCAUAUCGCAGACUUUCUACCCAAAGAAGAGCUGGAGAAAUUUGAACAAAAGGUCAAAGCCGUCAAAACCGGUGGUUCGACUCCUGAGUAUGAAGAUUAUGCAAGUAACAAAUUAGAUCAAUCAAAUAUUGGAUUCAAGAUGUUAAUGAAGCAAGGAUGGCAAGCAGGCACUGGAUUAGGAAAAUCUGGUGAAGGUAUUGCCGCCCCUAUUAACAAAGCCGAUUCGCGUCCUGCAAACGCGGGUUUGGGACAAUCAAAACCUGAGGGUGUUGAGGAAGAAGAUGAUGAAUUUGAAAUUUAUCGCAAGCGUAUGAUGCUUGCAUACAGGUUCAGACCAAAUCCUCUGGGCUUUCAAAUUUGA